AUGCCAGCCAACUCUAACAUGGGUAAUGAUCGCGUUGCCCACUGGAUAGAGACUGGAACGAACAGGUUUGAGGCAAGCUUUAUUCCUUCCGAUAACCAUUCCUCAUAUUAUAAGAACGAAAGCAACGGAGGCACAAGCACCCCACCAAACAGCAGUAUUAGCAGUGGCUUCGCUGAGGAGGACCAAGCUGCUGAUGAUUUACUACACGGAUGUCAGGAUGAUAAAGUGAUUCCAAGCGCUGAGGAUAUUGAGAGGACCUUUUGGAGAGGUGAAUCCCAAUGGCGAGAGUGCCUUGGUCUUGCAGAACAGCAACAAACUCUUAGCAUACCCGGAAGCCUGGGUGUUUUGGGGUUAAUAAAGGGGGUCCCACCUCUACCUUCUGGACUUCGUGGCUUGAAGGCAAUUAGGGGCUACCCGAUGUGGAAAUUUCCACACCUCGAGUCAGAUGAUAUGCAGAGCUCUAUGGAUGAUGUUUCUAAGCCUGGCACUCUAGCAACCCUAGAUGACUCUGAUGUGACGUGGCAGCCAACCUCACCUCCCAAAGUCGAUGAAAGGCGUGGCAACGAGAAAACAUUCAGGUUCUCUAUUCCGGAGCCGACGAGAUACCAGUUCAUAAAAGAAUGCAAUCCCAACGCUAAAGUGUCACCUGCCCCUCCUUCUAACGGCAUUUCUAUACUCAUACAAUGCAUCUCUUAUUAUUUCUGUGCAAAACUCCUCGAGAUGCAGGGGCGGAAAGUCAAGUUUACUUCUCAGGAACCUUCAACAAGCCAUCUAGGCUGCUCAGAGAAUGACAAAAUACUCCUCGACUUACGUUACGCAUCCCCAGACCUUGUGUGUUGGCUAUCUAUCCUUCUCGCACCCAAUUCGCGUUGGAUGAUGAAGCCUAUUCCACCAUGGGCAUUGGUAUAUGAAGGAGUAAACCGUUUCGACAUUCUUACUAGUCCAACAUAUUCUUCCCCAGAAUGGGGUACAUCAUCGUCUUCGGAAAAAGCGGCAAGCUUUAUUUCUGAACUUUGCGCGUUAUUUGGACUUGAUGACCAACUCGACGCUGCAGUUUCUGCAACAAUCAUGCUGCCUUUCUACAAUUUUAGAAAAUUAGCAGCUACACUACCUGUUCCAAUACUUCUGCAGCGCAGUCAUCCGAAACAUGCUCACUACCCAUUCCGCCAAUAUUCAGAGCAGAUAUCUCAACUCAUGACUAUCAGUAUUGGCCCUAGGCUAAUAGGAUCGAGUCUUUGGAGUGUCUUCUGGGAAUCAGGCAUUGAUUGCAACGUUGUUAGUGCUUGGCUGUCCUCAAUUCAUGAGGUGAUUAAGCCUGUGCUUGAAUCUCAAGACACAGAAUUACUUAUCAAAAUGUUUAUGUUAUAUCGCCCCCAGCAAGCGCCGCUCUGGAUGGGCGUUCUUUGGCUGGGAUCUUCAGACUGGGCUGGCAUGGUUGAAUCCUAUCUUACAACUUUGGAAGAACAACCGCAAUUUACUCGUGCGUCACAACCUGAUCUUGUUACUGCCGCGUGGCUUGGCUGUAAGCAGUCGUUUUUAGAUGAAGUUGGACUAGGCUGCUAUGAGGAGAACGGCACGAGGAUGCUAUCUAAUAGUGAUCUUGCCCGCCUUCGUUUCAACUAUCGUUACCUUGCGAAUGCAGAGGAGUUGCCAUAUGGUUGGCAGCCUUUCGGGAGUACAUUAGCCAAGGAGAUUGAACCGGAGCUACAUCAGUACUUGGAUCUCUGGCAUGCCCGAGAGUACCACGGUUGGGUUUGGAUUCUAGGAGAUGAGAAGCGAUGUUUUCAUUCGUAUGUGAUUGACAACACUCAAGCACAAGAGAUGCCGGAUAUAAAACACACUUAUGGAAUAAUGACUAAGCUCCCGCCGAUCAAAUCUUGCCCUUCUAGAGAAGCUACAUCUCGAGUGUUAGCAUGGGCAUCAAGAGAUGCCUGUGGCGACCAGAUCAAUCUACCAAACCAUCCAUGGUUAAGCGACUAA